AUCAAUAUUAUUCUUUAAGGCAACUCAUUCUCAAUAUGGAGAAAAUUACUGAGAAGAUUGCGGCUUUGCCGCCAGGUUCCAAUUAUUUCUCAUUGGAGUUCUUCCCUCCCAAGACACAGAUGGGCUCGGUGAAUCUACAAGCUCGUCUCGAACGCAUGGCCCAGGUUUUGCGCCCACUAUUCGUUACUGUGACAUGGGGCGCUGGAGGAACGACGGCUGCAAAGUCUCUUGAGCUGGCCGAGAUCUGUCAACGUCAAUUGCAAUUAACGACAUGUCUUCAUCUUACGUGCACGAAUAUGACCAGAAGUUUAAUCGACGAAGCAUUGGAGCAGGCCAAAGCACUCGGUAUCAAAAAUAUUCUUGCUCUCCGAGGCGACCCACCCCGCAGCGAGGAGUACAAUAUGGAUGGAGAUGAUGAUAGCAAUAAGGACUUUACAUGGGCUAUAGAUUUGGUGCGCUACAUUCGACGUACAUACGGCGACUACUUCUGUGUCGGAGUCGCGGCGUACCCCGAAGGUCACCCUGGAGAGUCUCAGACAGACAUUCAAGAUCCCGAAAAGGACCUGCCGUACCUGGUGGAAAAAGUGCAGGCCGGAGCAGAUUUUAUCAUGACUCAAUUAACAUAUGACUUCGAAACAUAUCAGAAAUUUGAGGAGAGGCUGCGAAACCAUCCGUCGGGAGCGAUAAAGUCUAUACCUAUCAUCCCUGGUCUUAUGCCUAUUCACGGUUACAAGAUUCUUACCCGGGUGACGAAACUUAGCGGAGCCCAUAUCCCGCCUGCAAUCAUGUCUCGAAUUGAGCAAGUACGAUCAGACGAUGAACGGGUCAAACAAGUCGGCGUCGAUAUUGUCAGUGAGAUUGUAAACCAGAUCAAGUCCUUGCCCAAUCCAGGACAUCGUGGAUACCAUUUCUAUACGCUGAACUUGGAGAAGUCGGUGACUUUAAUUCUCGAACGUUGUGAUUUGAUUCCACCUUCUAGCGACGAUGACGCCGUUGAAGAUGAUAUUGCGAUUGAGGAAGUCGCCGUAUCGAAUAAUAAAGAUGAUCUCAAAACAUUAGUGUCACGCCGUCGAGCCUCGUCGGUCAACUCUGGUCCUUACAACAGGGUCAUUGUGGACAAGCUACACGUACCUACAGACCAACAGUCGGAACAUUCCUCGAGAAAAUCCAUCACAUACGAAACUCUUGCUUCCAGUGCCGGCGUCCCAGCACUCAACCCACCCCCACGAAGCACACAGCUACAAAUCUCAGAAGGUAUCGGAUCACUAGGCCGCGAAGCAACAUGGGACGAUUUCCCCAAUGGACGUUGGGGUGAUUCACGCUCGCCCGCCUUUGGUGAAAUUGACGGUUACGGUCCUUCUUUGCAUGUCAACGCCACCGUAGCAAAACAGUUAUGGGGCUUUCCCGUGACUAGAGAAGACAUUGGUGCUCUUUUCCGAAAACACGUAUCUGGAGAAUUGUACAUUGUCCCUUGGUCUGAGGGAGGGGCAGCAGAGGACGCAAAUCUCAACGCGGAGACGGAAACGAUCAAACCACAACUAUUACAGAUUAUCGAGAAGAAGAAUUGGUGGACACUUGCAUCUCAACCUGCCGUGAAUGGUGUACGAAGUGACCAUCCCGUCUUUGGCUGGGGUCCACCUGGCGAGGGAUUCGUUUUCCAAAAGGCCUUUGUCGAAUUCUUCUGCCCCAGUUCCGACUACCAAAACAAAGUCAAGCCCACUCUCCUAAAACACGGCAGUGAAGAGUUUUCCUGGUUCGCCAUCAACGCCGCCGGUCACCUAGAAUCAUCAUUUUUGAUAUCAACCUCCUCGUCCCCUAAACCGGAAGACACCUCUUCAGCCGUCGCCGCGGCCGACGAAGAACCACUCGAAAUACGCGAAAGCACAGGUAUGGCAGUGACAUGGGGCGCCUUCCGCGGUCGCGAAAUCACAACACCCACCAUAAUCGAAGAAGUCAGUUUCCGUGCUUGGGGUGAAGAAGCAUUCCGUAUCUGGGAUGAGUGGCGACGUAUUUACCCUCGUGGAUCGGCUACGGAGCGGUUACUGAAUGAGACCAAGAAUGAUGUGUGGUUGCUCUGUGUGAUUGGGCAUAGAUAUGGAGCUGGUACGGUACCAGGGUCGGAGGAAGAGAAGAAGGAGAUGAAUACGUUGUGGAAUGUGCUUGCGGGGGAUAUGUAA